AAACCAAAAGUAAAAUUUCAGAUCCCCUGUUUAAGAAAGUUUAUGCAAUUGUAACAUUACACUGAAACUGCACAUCAUUUUUUAGAGUGAAAAUAUUUUUUUGGGAUCAUGUUGUGCCUUUUUUAUAUUGGCCAUUGGUAAGCUGUUGGGAACUAUGAAGAAAACUACUUUAGUUUUAAUAUUUGUGCAUUUGGCGUUGGUAGCAAGCAGCGACGUGGCAAAUAAACUAGUGGAAAUAUUGAGAGAAGCAGGAAAGCAGUUAAGAAAUGGACGGCGCAAUGAAAGUGUUGCAGAAUUUGUACAGGAUCCAACUUUUGAUGUUUUAACUCCUGACGAAGUGAAAAUUAAAAUUGGUAAAAAAUACUACAAUCCACAUAUUAAAUGGAUUCAAAAGGUGCCUGAUAUACCCUCUCAUAUUGGCGAGCCUGUAUACCCGGGAGUUCCUUUAGUCUCUUUACCUAAAAGUAUACCUGACGGUGUACUGCAUAUUAUAUCUAAUAGUGUACUUAAAUCCGUACCUGUACCUGUCAGUAGCCUCAAUGAUACACAGGUCAGUGUAUCUAAAGAUCAAUCUGUGGAUGCACCUACAACAGCAGGAAUUAAACGAGAACCAGUCAGUAGUAUCAAGAAUCCUUCCGGAGUACAAGCAAUUAAGGAUGUUAUUAAAAACGCGAGAAGACGGUCUUAUGAUCAGCGUUUCCGAUCUAACUCAUACAAACGGCAUCGAGCAUAUGAUACGAGAGAGAAUAACAACGGUUACAACGGGCAUCAUAUACGUUCAGGUGCGAGAUUACAGUCGCUGUCGCCAGAAAGAAGUCAAAAAGGAUAUUACAGGAAACCACCACAUAAAAUUUACGGCAAAGGACCAAAACAUGAUCGAAAUAUCAAAUCGAAUGAUCCACAUCUGGGAAAAUAUCUUAGAUCCCAUCACUCCCAAGGACCUAGCAACAGCAGAAAUACUGGAAUCGUACUUAUGAAAAAGAAACAGGCACGUUCUUUGGUAAAAGGAAAUCUUAGAAAAAAGAAAAAGUUUGCUAUACGAACAGGGCAACAUAACGCAAAAAAAGCAGCAAGAAACGCUAUAGUUAAAAAGAAACCUCCAAUAAUUAGUCGUAAUAAACUCCGGACCAAACAAGCUCGUACUUCUCUUAAGACUGCAGAAGGGUUACGAGCCCAAGAAAUAUCGGACAAAGCCGCCAAAAUAGUAUACGGAAAUGACGAAAAUAUUGGAAUACAGUAUGGAAACAGAGAGCCGUACAGACUAAAGUACAGCAGUUUCAGACGUUCAGACCUUGACACUAGUGAUAAGGUCAAGUCUUUUAUAAAAAGACUCCAACCUUGGAAAAGUCCAAAGAAUGUAAACAAGAACUUGAAACAAGGAGAACGAUAUAUGUUAAUAAUCGGGUCAGAACAGAGUCUAAAAAAGAUGGCGAACCGGGUUGCAUUAUACAAUUUCCUCAGCAAUACAUUGUCAAUGAGUGAAGAAGAAGACAGCAACGCUGCUGUAGAAAUUUUCGAGUAA